GUGUAGUCCCGCUCGCGAAUGUCGGCUGAUCGGGUCGCUAUCCGCGAGUUUAGCUUCGAAUCCCGAGCGACGCGUAUAGCUACUAUAGAUAAUCGUCGUUUAGCAUAUUAUCUAAGACUAUAUAGGUCUGCGUGCAAUAAUAACAAUCGGUGCGUGAUAUCAAAGACUCGUCGGUGCACGAUCUCGAAAAAAGGCGCAAAAGUCGCGCAUGCGCAUCCGCGGUGUGUGUGUGUGUGUGCGCGCGCGCGUGUGUGUGUUUUCCUGUCCACUAUCCGCCUUGACGUGUCUCUGUCUAACCAACGGUGCCAAGGAUAGCCCGGUCGCCGUCGCUGCCGCCGACGCAUUCGCUCUUGGGCGAGGACGUGACGCAUACCAGGAAGCAGCGGGCUCUCCGCUAUUCGGUGUGCGCUCCGCUAUCGUCGGGUUGCAGUCUCGAGUCAGGUUCUUGUCGUCUUGUAGAAUUCGUGAAAUUUAGACAGAUAUGUGCACUGUUUUACAAGGAUGCGAUUAGAUUUUGUCAGGUCGAAGGUUUUUUUGUAUCAAGCGUUGGUUUGUCAACUGCACUGGUCUAGUUAGUAGUACUGCGAAUUAAGCAAGCCUUAACAAGGAUCUUUUGUUGCGAGGGAAGGAUAUUUUAUUCAAACAACAACACAAUGGCUACAAAGAAUAGGUACAGUGGGUCUAUAAGACACAUGUGAAGAUAUGAGAAAGUUACUGAAACAAGAAUGUGCUCUCUCUUUGAAGAGCGAGUAGAAAAUAUGCAUGAUUGCAAAAAACGUCAAAGUGGUACUUGCAAGCAAGUAAAGUAUCGUGGACAUUGAUACUUUGUUUCAGAAGGACUAAAGGGAAAGACUGGAGUGAAAGUAGUAGUGAUGAUGUUAGCGAUGAUGAUGAUGCUGCUGAGGCACUUAAAAUGAGGAGAAUAUCAUAUGUACAGCGCGAAGAAUUGAGAAAACAGAGAAAAACUCAAAAAGUGUUAAGUAAGUUAUGUGAUGAUGAUGAAGAGAACAGCAGUGAUAUGGAAGUGAAGAAACAGAGAAGCAGCAGACUAAUAUUACCAUCACUACCUAUUGGUGUUACCAAGAAAAAAUCCAGAAAAGACCGUUCCAGUCCUUUAUCCGUAUCUUCAGAUUCUAGUUCUGAAGAUAAAAAAUCUAAAGUAUCAAAAACUAAUACCAGCUCCAAAAAGUUAAAAAACAAAAAAUUGAAUUCAUCACCUGAGUCUAAAUUUAAUAGUAAAAAACGUGAUAGUAGUAAAAAACGGACAAUCCAAUCUGGCGAACCUAAAUCACCUUUUAGUGUAGAUAAAAAAAUUGUAAAAAAAAAAUCCGUCAAAGAUAAGAAUCAAUCUGAUUCUGAUUCAAGUAAAGAGUUUCAAAAAACGAAAAAUAAGAAACCAUCUAAAACUCGACUUAGUCUUGGACAACGCAUGAUGGAAGAUUAUUCACACAUUGCUACGCCAAGUAAAUCGGACGAUGAAUCGAUAAAGGUUGAAACAAAGGAAGAAAUUUCGUUAAAACACUACACAAUCGAAGAAAUCGAUAAAAUACAAAAAAUCGUUGAUGAAUUCAAAGAAGAUUUACAACGUAUAAGUGAUUAUCUUCUCAAGAAGAAAAUCAAUGUACUCAGAGAUGCCAAAUUCUUUGCUCAUAAAAUAUUAAGUGUGUAUGAUGUUACGCAUGAAAAAGUGAAGGAAAGUAGAGGUUCUUUUGCAGAUAAAUAUAGAUCAUGGCUGGAUAACUUCGGCAGCAAAAAGUCAGUUGCAUCACCUAUUAAAUCAGUUAAGAAUUACAAAUUGUCAUCAGAUGAAGUUUCAGACUGUGAUAGUGAUAAAAUUUUUUCUGGUAAUGAAACUCGAUCAAGUAAAAAAGACAAGAGUGCAUUAAAAAUGCAAGAUAAGGAAAAAAGUAAAGUCGCCGAAGUUAUAGUCACUGGGGAAGAAUCAGUCCAUGUAACUAAUGAGGAAGAAGAUUCAUUAAUGGAAACCACGGGGAAGCAAAACAGGUCAAGUCGAUCGAAUUCCACAUCUUCUGUAGAUUUGUUUGAGUCGACUGCCUCAGAAGUUGCAAAUACACCAGUAAAGUCGCCGAUUUUAAGUGUGAGUCACAGGUCUCUCAGAAAAACUCUGUUACUAGCUAACAAGGCAAAGAAUGUUUCUAUUCCAAUGGACAUUGAUGAAGCACCCGUUGAAGAGAAUGAGAAAAUGGAUAUUUUUGAUACAACAGAUAAAGCUAAUACAGUAGAUACAAAAUCUAAAGAGUUGACAAAAAAUAAAGUUCAUGAAAAAGAAUCCGAGGUAGAGAAGACAACUGUUCAUGAAGAUAAACCAAAUGAUCAUGAAUGUGAGGCAAAGGAUCAUGAAGGUAAACCAAAGGAUCAUGAAGAGGAACCUAAGGGUCUUGAAGGUGAGCCUAAGUCUUUUGAAGCUGAGCCUAAGGAUCAUGAAAUUGGGUCAAAGGAUCUUGAAAUCGGGUCAAAGGAUCAUGAAGAUGUGACAAGGGAUCAUGAAGAUAAGUCAAUGGAUCAUGAAGAUAAGUCAAAGGAUCACGAAGAUAAGUCAAAGGAUCACGAAGAUGAGUCAAAGGAUCAUGAAGAUGAGUCAAAGGAUCAUGAAGAUGAGUCAAAGGAUCAUGAAGAUAAGUCAAAGGAUCAUGAAGAUAAGUCAAAGGAUCAUGAAGAUAAGUCUAAGGAUAAUCAAGAUGAGCUUAAAGAGUCUGAAAAACUGGAAGAACAGCAGCUCAUGGACCUAUCUGAAAUAUCGAUCAGUCAAUUGCCUACUCCUCCAGCCACAGUUCACGACUUGGAAAAUGAAGCCCGAGAAAAACUGCUGGCUGACUGCAGCGAUUCGGACAGCAGUGUUUUCUCUAAUACAGAACAAAACGUCGGAAUCAAUGCAGAAACUGACGCUGAUUCGGAAAUAUCGGUAAACAGCACCUGCAGCACUGUUAUCGGAGGGUCGAUUGACCAAUUGAAGAAGAAAAAACAGCUGGUCAAGAAAAAAUCAGAGGAAGAUAAGAAGAAGAAUAGCAGAAAAGAUGCAGACUCCACGAAUAAAUCAUUGAACCAAACUAACCGAUUACCCCUAAUGAAAACUAAAUCCAAAUCCAUUUCUUCCGAUAGCUUGUCGUCUGCGUCGUCGUCGGAUUCUGCGGCCGAGGAGAAGCAAGAAAUGAAGAAGUGCCACAACUCCGCGUCGCGUGGAGAUGAUAACAGUUCGGACGAUGAGACGGAUUUGUUAGCAUCGCCGCUCAGCAAGCGACGCAAACUAGCGUUCAACCUGCGGAAAAAUCAGCACUACAAAACCGACAAGAAACUGCGGAUGCAGUGUCGAGUUGCGCUGGAAAGAUUGUCGAAUAGCGUUCUCAAAAAGCACGCGAAGGCUUUGGAUAGGUCCAAGAAAUAUGUUGCGAAUAAAAAGUUAAAAAGCAUGACGAAUCUGGACAGUCUCGAAGGCAGUAAAAAGAGGUCCAGCAAGAAGAAUCUGGGCGACGUAAAAUCGCCACAACUAUCAGAGACUAGCAACGGCAAGGAAAAGAAAAAGAAAAGCGGUAAGGACGAGAAAAAAUCGUUGAACGAUCAUUUAGGCUAUGUUGAAAACGAAAUCGGCUCGGACGAAGACAUCGCGGCGAAUGAGCUCAAUGACACGGGGAGUAAUGAAGCUAUGGUACUGAUUGACGACGUUGCCCUAGUUGAGGACGACAUAGUUAUGGAGGUUGAAAACCAAGCAAAAGAGGCUCUACUCAAAAGCGACUCGAACUCAAGUGACGAUAAAGAAAGUGAUGAUGAAGUAGAGGAGAAAGAUUCCAAGAAGUCGAAGAAAGUGAAAGGGAAGAAAUCGUCCAAGGAUAAGCCAGUGGAAUUAUCGGAAGAUAAAAAUGAGAACGGAAAAAGCGAAAACGAAAGUAAUAAAUCGGAUGACGGUGAAGAAAAGACAAAUAAGGCUGCUUGGAAAGAUGAUGAAGUGCUAAAUUUUAAAGUAACUGAUACCGAAUCCGAAGAAGAAAAGUUUGCCAAGUCCCAGGAAAAGAAGGAAAAAAACAUGGAUGACGAUGAAAACAACGACGAAGUCUCUAUCUUGGAAGUAUCUCCUAUCAAAGUCCCUGUUAAGAAGUCUCAACGAAAAAAGAGAAGAAUUUUAGACUCUGAUUCAGAUUCAAAGUUUAAUUCGAGUGAUGUUGAUUCAGACGAAGAGAUAGAAUCUGACGAAGAAAAAGAAGAACAAGAAGAGAAAGAGGAGAAAAAGAAGAAAGGUCGAAAGCGCCGUCAAAAAUCAUCCGACUCGGAUACUUCCUCUAGUGAAAAAAAGCCAAAGUCAAAGAGAAAACGAAUUAAAAAAGUUGCUACUGAUAGUGACAGCGAAGACCAGGACUCUCCAAACAAAGGUAGAAAAAAUAUUCGCAAGGUCUUAAAAGAUAAACACGUCGCCGAUGACACAAAGAAGGCUGCGCAAGAUGAAGAGGAGCGUCUCAAGCGUAUCGCUGAACGACAGAAAUUGUUCAAUGAGAUGUAUGACGCUAGGCUGGCAGGAGAAGCUAAAGUCGACAAGUUAGUGCUAGAUUUUGACGAAGAAACAAAACAAGAACUAGUUGUUGUGCACGAAGAACUAGUGAAGCGUCUAAAACCUCAUCAGGCCAAAGGUAUUAAGUUUAUGUGGGAUGCCUGCUUUGAAUCUUUGAAGCAGAUUGAAAAAUCCGAGGGUUCAGGGUGCAUUAUAGCUCAUUGCAUGGGUCUCGGUAAGACUUUCCAAGUCGUCACAUUGGCACAUACUCUGCUCACCCACGAGGAGACGGGGGUAAGAACUGUGAUGGUUGUGUGUCCUUUAAGUACAGUAUUAAAUUGGGUCAACGAAUUUAAGACCUGGUUAAAACACGUAAAAGAUGGAGACGAAAUUGAAAUUUAUGAGUUGACAAAGAUGAAGAAGAAUAUUGAAAGGAAAUAUCAGUUAGAGAGUUGGCAAAAAACUGGAGGCGUCCUAAUUAUUGGUUACGAAAUGUUCCGGAACUUGACCAGCACCGGAAAAAAGAUGAGAAAAGCCAUGCAAGAGUCUAUUAUGAGGUCACUCGUGGAUCCUGGGGCGGAUCUCGUCGUAUGUGAUGAGGGUCACUUGCUGAAAAACGAAGAAUCAGCUCUGAGUAAAGCCAUGAAGCUUGUAAAAACUUUAAGAAGAAUCGUUUUAACAGGAACUCCGCUCCAAAACAAUCUAAAAGAAUACCACUGUAUGGUUCAAUUCGUCAAACCUAAUCUGUUGGGUACCAAAAAGGAAUUCUUAAACAGAUUUGUGAAUCCCAUUACAAAUGGUCAAUUCGACGAUUCAACGCCAUAUGACGUUAAACUCAUGAAAAAAAGAGCGCACGUGUUACACAAAAUGUUAGAAGGCAGCGUUCAGAGAUUUGAUUACUCGGUUCUCACGCCAUUCUUGCCUCCUAAGCAGGAAUACGUAAUUUUCGUACGACUGACUGAUGUGCAGAUUAAGAUGUAUCAGCACUAUCUAGAUAAUUUUGCAAGGCGAUACGGACAGAGGAACGGAUCGUUAUUUGCUGAUUUUCAGGAGCUUCAACGCAUUUGGACGCACCCUUACGUGUUACGUCUAAAUGCAGAGAAAGUUGAAAAAGCGAACGAGAAGAAGCGUUUAGAGGCUAGUGAUUCAGAAGGUUCUUUAAAAGACUUCAUUGAUGACGGCAGUGACACUGAAGCCAGUUCAAUUUCUCUUGCUUCCAGUGAUAGCAACAGUGAUAUCGAGUGUCUUGACUCAGAUAAAGAGAAACCGGCUGUCAAAGCCACUCGUAGUACUAGAUUAAAUCCAAAAGAAGAGCCAGUAGAAGAAGUUCCUAUUCAAGCAUCCGUUGAAGAAGCGGCGUGGUGGUCUAAAUUUGUGGAAGAAAAGCAUUUCGAGGAUUUACGCAUCUCAACCAAGCUUAGUCUUCUUUUUGGUAUACUAAAAGAAAGCGAACAGAUUGGCGACAAAGUGCUUGUAUUCUCGCAAUCUUUAUACUCGUUGACUCUCAUAGAACAUUUUCUAAACUUGAUUGAUAACCAAACUCAAGAUGGCGGAGAAGCCGAAAAUUUGGAUAAUCACACUGGAACAUGGGCACUUGGAUUAGAUUAUUUUAGGCUUGAUGGUUCGACAUCAGCCGAAAAUCGCAGUGCGUGGUGCAAAAUAUUUAACAAUCCCAAAAAUACGCGCGCAAGACUUUUCUUAAUUUCUACCAGAGCAGGAGGAUUAGGUAUUAAUUUAACAGCAGCUAACAGAGUCAUAAUCUUUGAUGCUAGCUGGAAUCCAUCUCAUGAUGUUCAAAGUAUAUUCCGAAUAUACAGAUUUGGACAAAAAAAACCUUGUUACGUGUACCGCUUCCUUGCCGCCGGAACAAUGGAAGAGAAAAUUUACAAUCGUCAGGUGACAAAAUUGUCAUUGGCUUGCCGAGUAGUAGACGAGCAACAAAUAGAACGGCAUUAUAGUAACAACGAUUUGGCUGAGUUAUACCAAUUCGAUUCUUACGAGGGUAAAUCAGUGACACUCAACUUGCCUAAAGAUCGUCUCUUAGCAGAGAUUUUCUUGAAGUACAAAGAUGCCGUUUACAACUACCACGAGCAUGAUUCCUUGCUUGAAAAUAAGGAAGAAGAAGAGCUGGAUGAAGAGGAAAGAAAGCAGGCUUGGUUAGAGUAUGAAGAGGAAAAACAAGGAAAACGUCAAAUGAUGAAUGUGGGCAACAAUAUGGGAUUCAAUCCGUUAUUGAUGAAUUUGAACUCGUUCCCAGAACUGGAGAGCAUCAAACUUUUAAUUCAAAAAGACUACCCUAAUCUGCCACCUGAACACCUUGAUACGGUAGCUCGACAAGCCGUAUUCGAUAUGUACCGUUUUGUAGAUCAGCAAGCUGUCGGACAAAUUUUCAAUAAUCCUUUUGCAGCCGCACAAAAUAUUCCACAACAAAAUAUGAUGGCCCCUCCUCCAAUGAAUAUACAACAGCAAACAAUACAUCAGCAGAAUCAGUUAAUGAAUUUGAUGAAUACGCCGCAAAUGAAUUAUCCAGGCGUUAAUCAAAUGCCAGUUUAUUCUGGUAGAGGACGGCCGCCUAAGCAUCUGUCGAUGAAUAAUCCAAUGGCGAACAUGGCCAGACAAAUGCAAAUGCCGAUGCAGCCGCAACAAAACCAAAUGCCAGUAAUGAGGAACAAUGACGAAGUAGAGAUACUUAAUAAUGAUCAGCAAGUAACUCAACCUAAUAUUGACCCAGCUUCCAAUAGUAACAAUAUACAAAAAGAAUGAGUGUAAAGCAGAUUAGCGCUAAUUUUUUAUUCCUAUUAAAAUUAAAUACUGUCAUUUUUGUAAAUAGUAACUAAAUUAUGUAAGUAGAGGUAGCGUAAAAUGUGUUUUGCUAAAGUGAUAAUGAAAUAUUGUUAAGUUAGUACAAAAGAAGGUGUCAUUAGCUGUAGAAAACUUCCAUCUAAUUUAUAUCUUCUGCUAAUGAUUAAUGUAUCCUGCAAAAGAUUAAAAAAAAAUUGGACUUCAUAUCACGAGUGAAUUGAAAAAAAGCGCUACGCGUGCACUAAAUCCAGUGAGAAAGUAUACGCAAACUUUUGUUUGUAUUUAAUCAGUAUUUACUUUCAAUGUAUAUAAACUUUCAGCUGAGUAGCUCCUGGUUAAAGGAUAAUUUUUUCUUAAUUUUCAAUUAUUGUUAGUGAGAUUGAAUUUUUUUGGAAGAAACUCUUUUAUGCUGUACGGACAUCCUAAAAAUCGUGAAAUUAUAUGUAUUUAGUUUAUAGUUAGACAUUUUUCAUUAUUUUUAACAAAAACCACAUAUAUGUAUAUAUAUAUGUACUUUUCACUCUAAAAAAUUGUAACAUGUACAAUUAAAGUUGGAGUAAUUGGUAACAUGUGGAAAAACAUUGUAUUUAAACUUGUGUAAAAGAAAUGAGCAAGCCCACAAUAAAAAUCAUUUCUUUAUAAUUCUC